UUGGAAUCACUGCAACACCAAACACACCGCCAGUAAAUCGCGAGACCAACAGCAGAAAACAUGGCAGCAGUCGAGGGAGAGAGCAUCGGUAUCGACCUGGGCACGACCUACUCCUGUGUGGGCGUGUGGCAGAACGACCGUGUGGAGAUCAUCGCCAACGACCAGGGCAACCGCACGACUCCGUCCUACGUUGCCUUCACCGAGACGGAGCGCCUGAUCGGCGAUGCCGCCAAGAACCAGGUGGCGAUGAACGCCACCAAUACCGUCUUUGACGCCAAGCGGCUGAUCGGCCGCAGGUACACCGACCCGGCCGUGGCCUCCGACAAGAAGCACUGGCCCUUCGAUGUUGUCGAGGGCCCCGGCGGCAAGCCCACCAUCGAGGUAUCUUUCAAGGGCGAGAAGAAGCAGUUCGCGCCUGAGGAGAUCUCCUCCAUGGUGCUGGUCAAGAUGAAGGAGAUCGCCGAGGCCUACCUUGGCAAGGAGGUCAAGAACGCGGUGAUCACCGUGCCCGCGUACUUCAACGACUCCCAGCGCCAGGCGACCAAGGACGCCGGAGCCAUCUCGGGCCUCAACGUGAUGCGCAUCAUCAACGAGCCAACCGCCGCGGCCAUCGCGUACGGCCUGGACAAGAAGGGCGAGGAGCGCAACGUGCUCAUCUUCGACCUGGGCGGCGGAACCUUCGACGUGAGCGUGCUGACCAUCGAGGAGGGCAUCUUCGAGGUGAAGGCCACCGCGGGGGACACCCACCUGGGAGGGGAGGACUUCGACAACCGGAUGGUGGACUACUUCUUGCAGGAGUUCAAGCGGAAGUUCCGCAAGGACAUGAGCACCAACCAGCGCGCCCUCCGACGUCUCCGCACGGCGUGCGAGCGCGCGAAGCGAACCCUCUCGUCGUCCACCCAGGCGCACAUCGAGAUCGACUCCCUGUUCGAGGGCAUCGACUUCAACUCCACCAUCACUCGCGCGCGGUUCGAGGACAUGAACCAGGACUACUUCCAGAAGUGCUUGGCACCCGUGGAGAAGGUGGUUAAGGACGCCAAGAUGUCCAAGGGCCAGAUCCACGAGGUGGUACUGGUAGGAGGGUCCACGCGUAUCCCCAAGGUGCAGCAGAUGCUGGCGGAGUUCUUCAACGGCAAGGAGCCGUGCAAGUCCAUCAACCCCGACGAGGCCGUCGCGUACGGCGCCACCGUCCAGGCCGCCAUCCUCUCGGGCAAGGACAAGUCGGAGAAGCUCAACUCGCUCCUGCUUCUCGACGUGACUCCGCUCGGGCAGGGGCUCGAGACUGCCGGCGGCAUCAUGACGACGCUCAUCAAGCGUAACACCACGGUGCCGGCGAAGAAGUCGCAGGUGUUCUCGACCUACGCGGACAACCAGCCGGGUGUGCUGAUCCAGGUGUACGAGGGUGAGCGCACCAUGACCCGCGACUGCAACCUCCUGGGCAAGUUCAACCUGGACGGGAUCCCCCCCAUGCCGAGGGGCCAGCCGCAGAUCGAGGUGACGUUUGACAUCGACGCGAACGGCAUCUUGAACGUGCACGCCGUGGAGAAGUCCACUGGCAAGGAGAACAAGAUCACCAUCACCAACGACAAGGGCCGCCUCAGCGCCGACGACAUCGAGCGCAUGGUGGAGGAGGCCGAGCGCUACAAGGCCGAGGACGACGUCCAGAAGAGCCGCGUGGAGGGCAAGAACUCGCUCGAGAACUACGCCUACUCGAUGCGCAACACCAUCAACGAGGAGAAGGUUUCCGCGCAGCUGGACGAGGCCGACAAGACGACGAUCGAGACCAAGAUCUCGGAGACCAUCGCUUGGCUCGACGCCAACCAGAACGCCGAGAAGGAGGAGUACGAGGAGAAGCAGAAGGACCUCGAGGGCGUGUGCAACCCCAUCAUCCAGAAGAUGGCCGGCGGGGCGGGCGGCGGCAUGCCGGGGGGUAUGCCCGGUGGCAUGCCCGACAUGGGUGGCGCCGGGUUCCCCGGAGGGGCGGCACCUGCUCCGGAGGCGGAGGCGGACGCCGGCCCCAAGAUCGAGGAGAUCGACUAAACGGGGAUACUAGAUUGAUGGAAGUGGUCUCUCUAUGAUUGUUUUGUGUAUUUCCUGUCAAAGUUUGGAUGGAGUUUGGACGCGGUGCGGUUGGUGGCAAUAGAUGGCUAGAAAUGGAAGCGAGCGAGCCGUGACACGAAAAAUGCCUGACUGGGAGCAAAUGGGAGUCAAGCUGUGUACAUGAACCUAGUGUACGAUGUUGUGUUUAAAGGUGCACUCUGUACCAUCGAGGUGACUAGCCAGUUCCACCUGCGUUUUGUUUGCACCCUGUCUGUCGAUUGUGCCUCGUCUCGAAUAUUUACUUGUGCUUGAGUUAUUGGUGGGUGUUCGUAGAGGCAAGUGGGAUUAUUCAUCGUGCACGACAGCGCGUUUUGCCAUCCGGACGCUUGUGGCGUUUUCGUGUGUGGAUUGCCGGUCCGCUGUUCUUUCGUGUUUGUGCAUGAGGGUUUUGUUUUGUUCUGUCGCUUCGCGUGGAAGCAGCACAUCGUGUCUCUGUUGGUAUCCCGUGUGCUGUCUUAGAUUCCAGAUUGGUUAAAAAUGUUUUAGAGUGGCGGUGUCCGUCAGAAAAAUAAUAAGGAAAUACUUCUAUUUUUUCAGGGCU